CUUAUAGGCCAAAUUUGUUUGGUACGUUCGUGUGACUAUGAUCCAAAUAAAAAUACAUAGUUUUUUUUAAUUUUUAAAUAUAAUUAUGAAAGGUUAAAAAUCCAUAAAAAAAAAUAGCCAUAUUUGCUUAAGACGCUAGCUUUUCUAUAAAUACAUCAUAGCCAUGUGUAAUUGAUCAUCAGAUUAAGUUCCGUGGUUAUCCCAUUAACCUUCUUUCUACACAACACAAACUAUAUAUAAAGAUCACACAUGUAAUAAUAAAUUCUGCAACUAUUACAAUCAUUCUCGCUUGUUGUAUCAACGUAGACGUCAUUGUAUUUGGAUUGUUGAAUAAAGGCGGCGUUACUUUUUUUUCUUUCUUUUUGCCUCUUAGGAUCUUUGUCUCUGGAAAAUGAAGGAAAACGCAGGUAACCCUUUGCAUCUCACGUCACUGAACCAUGUCUCUGUCUUGUGCCGUUCCGUCGACGAAUCUAUGAACUUUUACCAAAAGGUGUUAGGGUUCAUCCCGAUUCGAAGACCUGAAUCCUUGAAUUUUGAAGGCGCUUGGUUGUUUGGUCAUGGGAUUGGAAUACACCUACUCUGUGCCCCAGAACCAGAGAAACUUCCCAAGAAAACUGCGAUUAAUCCCAAGGAUAAUCACAUCUCUUUCCAGUGUGAGAGUAUGGGAGUAGUGGAGAAGCAGCUGGAGGAAAUGGGGAUAGAGUAUGUAAGGGCAUUAGUAGAAGAAGGAGGGAUCCAAGUGGACCAGCUCUUCUUCCACGACCCUGAUGGCUUCAUGAUCGAGAUCUGCAACUGUGACAGCCUCCCCGUUGUCCCCCUCGUAGGAGGAAUGGCUCGGUCUUGCUCAAGAGUCAAACUCCACCAGAUGGUGCAGCCACAACCGCAGACUCAGAUCCACCAAGUGGUCUACCCCUAAACAGCUCACUUUAUCUUUAUAUAUUGUGUGUGUUUGUGUAUUAUUGGUGUGCUUGGUUUUGGGUGGAAUAUUCAAUAAGAGACCGAUGUGAAUCAGCGAAUGUGAUGCCCUUCGAGGAAAUGAUCAUUCCUUUUGCUCCACAGGCUAAUAUAAUAUAAUCAAGGGAAAUAAUGCUUACAUAUGUAAAUUGGUUAAUGAAGUUGGUUCUAUUUAACGCU